ACACUCUUCUUCUGUACAUACUGCCCACUAUCAUACCCUCCACACCCCUCUCCCGUACAUACUGCACACUGUCAUAUCCUGAACACUUCUCUCCUGUACAUACUGUCCUCUCUCAUACCUCCACAUUCCUCUCCUGUACAUACUGCACACUGUCAUACCCUCAACACUUCUCUCCUGUACAUACCGUCCUCUGUCAUACCCUCCACUCCCCUCUCCUGUACAUACCGUCCUCUGUCAUACCUCCACAUUCCUCUCCUGUACAUACUGCCCACUGUCAUACCCUCCACUCCCCUCUCCUGUACAUACUGCCCACUGUCAUACCCUCCACUCCCCUCUCCUGUACAUACUGCCCACUGUCAUACCCUCCACUCCCCUCUCCUGUACAUACUGCCCACU